CCCAACAUCGUCCCUGUACUGUAGGCAUUGACCUGCCUUGUACUUUGUAGUUGUACCACACAGAAUCCAUCGCUCCAGCAUGCUCCCACGGGCAGCUUUCCGCGCACUGCGCAUCCGCCCUGUCCUGACGGCUCCACGCACAACCCCCACAGCCCUCACAUCACAAUGCACGCGCGCGUAUGCGAAGAAGGCGAAAAAGACAGGCCAGGACAAGACGUGGAAGCCCACGGACCCCAUCAAGUUCGAUGCCGAGAACAAGGCACGGCCAAUUCCCGUCAGCCCAUCGACACAGCCCGAGUUCGACACUGCCGCAUCGCCAGACGCAAACACGACCCCCACACAACCAUCGAGACCCCAGUCCAGCGCGACAGAAACAUCGAACGAGCCUGGCAGAGAUUUUGCGCCCGAGCAGGAAGAGUUUUCGGGCCCCAAGACGCCGGGCGAGAACACGGCCCCCACUACCGAGAGCGCUGAGGAGAGCACAGAGACCCCCCAGCAGCCACAGAAGCCAUUGCCCGACCUGCGCUAUGGCAUCCCAUCCACCUUUGCCGACGAGGUUGCUGCCGCCGAGGGCAAGGCGAGACGGGACCCAGACGACCCAUCACAAGAGCCCGCAGCGGGCAGCACAGGCGGGCGCGAGGGCGGCGAGCUCCCCAAGUCGGCCUACGAGACAAGUACAGACAGACGGCGCAACCGUGUCGCCAACUGGUCCUACCUCGCCACCCUGCUCUUCGGGACCGUCGGUGCAGUCUACAUGGGCCGACCGUGGGAGACGGAGGCGGAGGAAGACGCACACCCCGACGCGCCCAACGGCUGGGGAGUAGGCGACAUCUACGCCCGCGCCGCCGCCCGCGUCAACGGCCAGAAGGCCUACUACACGGAGCCGACGUUCCAGAAGCUGCUCCCCGACAAGGACAAGAUCCCCGGCGGCGCCCCGGAACUCACCCUCGUCCUCAGCCUGGAGGAUCUGCUGCUGCACUCGGAAUGGAGCACCCAGCACGGAUACCGCCUGGCUAAGCGGCCGGGCCUCGACUACUUCCUGCGCUACCUCAGCUCCCAGUACGAGCUCGUCAUCUUCACAUCCGUCAAAUCCAUGGACGCAGACCCCAUCAUCCGCAAGCUCGACCCCUUCCGUCUGGUAAUGUGGCCGCUCUUCCGCGAAGCAACGCGCUUCGAAAACGGCGAAUACGUAAAGGACCUCUCCUACCUAAACCGCGACCUCUCCAAAGUAAUCGUCCUCGACACAAACCCCGCCCACACAAAAAUGCAGCCCGAAAACGCCAUAAUCCUCCCGAAAUGGAAAGGCACACCCACAGACACCGACCUCGUCGCCCUAAUCCCCUUCCUCGAAUACUGCGCCAUGAUGUCGCAAUCCGGCCAGCCGCUCGAUAUCCGCACAAUCCUCGCCUCCAUGGCCGGAAAACACAUCCCCACAGAAUACGCCCGUCGCGAGGCGAAACUGCGGGAGCAAUUCCUCGCCGACCGCGCGGCGCAGACGGCGAAAGCUAGACCCAGCGCUGGCGGCAUGUUCAUGAAGAGCUUGGGCCUCGAUGCGGCGAAACCGGGCAUGGUGCUCGGGGAUCAGAAUAUCGCGCAGGGUAUGGCGGAGGGGAAGAUGAUGAUCGAUAUGUAUCGCGAGUUUAAUAGGCAGAAUUAUCGCCAUUUGGAUCAGCAGAUACGUGAGAAUGGGGAGACGUGGUUGAGGGAGAUGGCAGAGGAGGAGAAGAAGAUGGUGGAGGCGCAGAUGAAGGAUAUGAAGGCGGGGGCGUUUGGCGCGAGCUAUCCACCUCCCCAUCCCCAUCCCCCUUCGCCCCCUGUCCCCCCCUCCCGCCCUCAUCCCCAUGCGCCUCCAGCCCCCGCAGCGCAACCCCCGUCCUCAAAAAAAUGA